AUGGCCAAUUUUGGUAUGCGAUCCGGUCCGACCUCUACCUGUCAAGCAAGCUGUAAGGCCAGGAGAAAAGCGUGUCCAGGAGCAAGUUUUGGACGCAACGAACUCUUUGACUGUGAUGUCAAGUCAGGCGACAGUUCGAAUCAAUGCAUUGCUGUAACUGUUGCUAAAGGGACUUGUCAAAUGCAUGUGAUCAUUUUUGUGCAUGCAUUACCGACCACAGAUAUGCAUCGGUUUGAAGCUGCGGCAUUAUCUAUUGUGCUCUCUGGUACCUGUGAUUUGGAAUUGGCAACCUUUGGUAAUGGAAUGCAGCUGGGUUCCACAGAUGGUAGUGCUUUGCGUCAAAUUCAAUGCGAAGCAUUUGAAGAAGGCGCAAUAGCAAAUCAGCUUGCUACCCAGAAAUGCCAUUCUACUGGCCGCUUCCUCGAUGCUGCAUCACCUGCUGCAAGACCCUCUAUAAUUCCCUGGUGA